CGAAAUUGUUUUUAGUUUCUUUUCUACUUCGCAGCAGAAUCGCACGUAAUCGAUGCAAGACUUCAGCGAAAAGAUUCAGCAGGUGCACAAUGAGCAGCUGGGCAGACAUCUGGUGGCCAACAUGCACAUCGAUGCUGGCGACACGUUGCUGGAGGAGCGGCCGCUGCUGGUCGCACCGCACUGGGAGUGCAGCCAGCUGAAGUGCUCCCAGUGCAUGCAGGAGUCGUAUGUGAUGUGUCGCCGCUGUCAGGUAUUUCCGCUGUGCAUGGACUGCGAUCAGCACAGUGACUUCGAGUGCGAGUUCUUUGCCAGUGGCGCGGGCAGUGGCAUCUGCAAGGAUCUACUGGUGAAGAAUUAUGGAAUUUGUGCGCUGCUGAAGCUGCUGCUGCUGCUGGAGGAUCCGACCACACGCGACGACUGCCAGUCGCUGGUCGAGCGGCCUGUGAAACUGGAGGACUAUAGUGAUACCGAGGGCAUGUGGCAGGAGCACGAGGAGCAGGUGGUGCGCCCUCUGCUGGCCAGUGGCCUGGCGGGGGCCAUGCCCGCACAGCAGCUGACAGCGGACGUGCUGCAUGCCCACUGCAUACGCAUCGAUUGCAACGCCUUCGAGGUGACUGGCCGCGAUGGCGAGACCUUGAAGGGCGUCUUCGUGUGCGGCGCUGGCCUGCCCCACCACUGUGUGCCCAACACGGUUGUGGCCCUCGACGAGCAGUUCAACAUGAAGCUGUACGCCGCGGUGCCGCUGAGUGCCGGCGAUGUCAUCUACAAUUCCUACGCGAAUCCCCUGAUGGGCACCAGCCAGCGACAGCACCAGCUGCGACUCAGUCGCCACGUGGACUGCCGCUGCUCUCGCUGCUGCGAUGCCACAGAAAUGGGCACCCACAUGAGCAGCAUGAAGUGCCGCGAAUGCUCCGCAGGCUUUGCCAUCUGCGAACUUGGCCCCGAUGGCAGCGGCGACUGGCGCUGCUUGGACUGCAGUGCUGUGCAGCCAGCGGUCGACGUUCAUGAGCUGCUGGCCGAGGUGGGCGGCGCUCUGGUGGAGGCCAAGGGUGAUCUGCAAGUCUACGAAUCUCUGCUGGUGCGCUACAAACAGCUGCUCCAUCCCAAUCACUUUCUGCUGCUGGACAUCAAGCAGAACAUAGCCAGCAUCCUGAGAGCCGCUGCUCUGAUGAACUCCAUGGAAACUCCCUGCAAGAAAAUGCUCGCACGUCGCGUCGAGCUGUGCUCCGAUCUCCUGCCAGUCUGUCGCGCCGUUGUGCCCGGCCUGUCCAAGCUGUACGCCAUUGCACUCUUUGAGUAUUUGCUGGCGCUGAUUGAACUCAUAGAGCUGCAGUUUGCCGAGAGUGAUCUGAGCAAGAAGGAAUAUGCGGCUCAGCUGAGAAUUGGCAGCCAGGUGGCCAAGGAGGCACUGGAUUUGCUACGCUUUGAGCCGGAAAACUCUGCCGAGGGCUACCUCAGCGAUCGCAUCUCCAUGGAGCUCGAGCGCAUUGAUUCCGAUUUGAUGAAGUAUGGCGGCCGCUAGGCCCCAGCAACUGCAUGUAAAUUUAAAAUUAAAUAAAAUAGAUUAGACACCAAAA